AUGGCAUUUAUCGGACAAAGACAAGAGGUUGGCGUAAGAGAAAUCGGCCGAAGAGUCACCGUGCCUCAGAACUCAACAGCAAGAUUGAUGUAUUACCUAGACUGUGUGGCAGUGGUCAUUGAGCUGGACAGUCCUAAUUUGAGAAGACUGAGAGACUACACAAAUUACUUUCUGCUAAGCGAUGCAGAAAUAGACGCACUGUUGGCUCUCGUCAUACUUUUCAGCCCAGACGAACUGAUAGGCAGGGUAUUUUUCCCGAGCGAAGACUGUGGAGGAUUCAGUAACCAAUUCUUUGAGCUUAGUGCAGUCUCUCAUAUGUUGGCUGUGUCAGACAACAUUAUUAUCGGAGGAGAAAGGAGGCGAGUAGCCAAAGUCAUGCUCUUUAAGAGAGCGUGGAUAGACACAAAUUAUAUUUCACCAAUCAGAUCAUUCCAGAGUCGUCUACGAAGGAUGGCGCGUGGUUUGCCCGGACGUGCACCUUCGGACAGGGAUCCGCUUCUACCAAGUACUUCUCCCGUUAUUUGUUGUUGUAAUAUUUUGUAG